UCGAUCGUCGAGAUCGUAUCGAUGACGAUCAUCAUUGAAAACGUCUGAUAUGUCAGAUUUUGCGCUUUUCCAUUCCGCAUUCGUUUUGUUUUCAACGCUAGAAUUACACGUGCGAUUCUUCAUUUUCAUUUCACAAAGUUAAAUUACGAUUAAAAGAAAAUCAACAUGACCGAAGUCGAAGCCAAGUCCGUUGCAGAAGAAACUGUCGAGCAGGUGGCAUCUGAAACUACAAACCCGGCAACAGAAACAACUGAUAAUGCAUCUAAGCUGGAAAAGUUGAUCAUUCGUCAGCUAGAGUACUAUUUCGGCGACUCCAAUUUGGCCCGUGAUAAGUUUUUACAGGAACAGAUCUCAAAGGAUGAAGGCUGGGUACCGGUCGAUGUGCUGCUCACGUUCAAAAGACUGAAGGCCUUGAGCGAAGAGAAGAAAGUGAUUGUGGAUGCUAUUGAGAAGUCAGAUGAGGGAUUGAUUGAAAUAAGCGAGGACCGUGAAAAGCUGCGCCGCCAUCCGGAGAGGCCACUUCCGGAACAAAACGAAGAAACGCGGAAGGAAAUUUUUGGACGCACUGUGUACGUGAAGGGAUUCGCCCCAGAAGAUGGAACCCAAAUGAGCGAGCUGCUUGAAUUCUUUGAACCUUAUGAAAAGAUUGUCAACAUCGUGAUGCGAAAGUAUCACGAUAAAGCUAUGAAAAAGUAUUUGUUCAAAGGAAGCGUGUUUGUUACCUUUGCCAACAAGGAUCAAUGCGCAGAGUUCCUGAAAAAGGAAAAGCUGGAAUACAAAGGAAAGGAGCUGAUCCGAAAGAUGCAGGAUGAUUAUUUCGAGGAAAAGAAAGCCGAACGGAAGAAGAAGGACAAGAAGAAAGAGGAAGAUAGGUUCAACAUUGACCAUCUCCCAAAGGGCGCGUCUGUUCAUUUGGCCGGCUUCAACAAGGAAACCAGCCGGGAAACCAUUAAGGAGACUAUUCUUAAACUGGAUGAAUCUCUUGAAGUGGCAUUCAUUGAUUACGCAAAAACUGAUAGCGAGGGAACGGUACGGUUUGCAGCUGACGAUGCCGGAAAGAAGUUCAUGGAGAAGUUGACUGACGCUAAGAUUAAAAUUGACGAUGAAGAGAUCACCGCUCGAUUAUUGGAAGGAGAAGAGGAAAAGGAGUUCCUACGGAAAGUGGUCAAGGAUCAGCAGGCACGACGACAAAACAGUAAUACACGUAAUAAAGGACGACAUCAAAAGGGAGGCAGACACCACCAUAAAAACGGUGGCGAUAAACGUAAGGCGGAGGGUGAUAGUAAUGACCAACCAGCGAAAAAGAAGGCGCAGAAAGCGGAUGAUUAGACCAUCCCACUGAAAUUGGUCUGCAAUUAUUUUGAUAAGUUCCAUUCUGAAGAAAUGGUUGAAUUUACCAUUUAAUCAUUUUUAACACAUGAUAUCUGGGUUAUAUUUAAUAUUUAAAACUAUACAUUUCAGUAAAUGUUGAUAUGUAUAAAACUUUCCUUGUAGUGUUACAUAUUCUUCAUAAAUUUAAUAUGUGAAGCCGCUACUUGAACUAAAAAUAGAUAUGUGAAGAUUACAUAAAUCCCAAGAUUAAAA